AACGCUACACGAACUAUCUAUCUGAUUGAAAGACGUAAAACCCUAGAAGACAUCGGGUUUGAAUUUUGAUUCCUGCAAACCUCGACGACGAUGCAAUUAACUCUCGAAUUUGGGGGUGGGCUAGAGCUGCUCUGUGAUUCUGAAAAGAUCCAUAAAGUAAACGUCGAUUUGCCCAAUGGAACAGAAGCAGAUGAUUUUACUAUGAAGCACUUGCUUUCUUGGGUUCGUACAAAUCUGAUCAAAGAGAGACCUGAAAUGUUCAUGAAAGGAGAUACUGUGAGACCUGGGGUUCUUGUGCUUGUGAACGACUGUGAUUGGGAGCUUAGCGGUCAGCUCGAUACCAGAAUCGAAGAGAAAGAUGUUAUAGUUUUCAUUUCUACUUUGCAUGGUGGAUAAACAGAUCUCUAUCACGAGAGCUUUUCCUUUCCAGAAAUUUUGUAACAAAUUUUUAUACUUUUGUGUUUGUAAUCUCUACGACUACUCGAAUCUAAUGUAUUUGUUUACUUGAAGCUUGAUAUUAGAGGAUUUAUCUAUCUUUUUUCCAACA